GUUCCUCCCCUGAACGAAUCACUCGUCAGUUCUUUAGUUCGUCAGUGCACCAGUCCACUGAACGAAUCAAUCGGUUCACUUAAGUCCCUCCCCCGCCUGCGCGGCGCUGCCUGACGCUGGCUGCUCAUUGGUCAUUCGUCGAAGUGAGUGACAACGCUGGCGAAUCGCAAAUCACAUGGCAGUAGGUUUAAUGAAGUCCCGCUCCCGAUUGCACGCUUGGUUGCUCAAUGGUCAUUCGCCGAAGAUUCAGAAGUGAGUGACAGUUCCGCAGUUCAACAGUUCCGCUCCCUCACGGCGGCCAAGCUAAAAGAACGAAUCAUUUCCGCUACUGAUUCGGUUCAGUUCGUUCACUAAAAAGAUUCGUUCUUCUGAACGAAACGUUCGCGAACACUACGGAAGACUGGUCGCUCUUCAUAUGCACGUGUGGUCGAGAUGUUUGUCGCCACGCCAGUUUUCCACUUGGCACUGAGGCGCGCGCACACACGCACACACGCACACACACACACACACACAUCCCGUCCAGAUUUUUGCCUGCUGGUUCUUGUGGUUCUGGCGGUUCCGCGAGCUGCGACUCUAGUUGAUGUUUUUUCUGCCUCGUACGUCAACUGGACCGCUUCGAAAUCGAUAUUCGUGACGUCAUAACACGAAACAGGUCAAUCAAGUCCAUCGUGCUCACCGGGUUGAGGAUUUUGAAAAGUGACGUCACGUGAUCAUAUCGCGACGGUCCGGACGCGUUUUGCUCCGACCAACCAAUCAGAGGACCGAAAAUGCUGACGAAUUUCAAUUGUGGGCGCAUUACGUUGACAUGGCAACACUGACGCUGAAAUGUGAUUGGACCAAAACAAAGUUUAGGGAAUGGCGACAAGUCGAUUGUUUUUGCGCUGACACCAGCUGAUGAGCAGUCCAGAGCACAGAGAUAAAUAACCACAGUUGUUUAGGAUUGAUUUAUGAUAUUGUGUUAUAUACGAUAUCUAUGGUCCAUAGUCUCAGUUUUAUGUUUACCGUCAUGAUAAACGCCGAUAAUCGGAAACUGCUUCCACCUGCUGGUCAUCUGUGUCAUCACGUGCUGGAAGAUUUAACGCAGAUUUUUUUCCCUCCCACCAACGGGAAAACUCUCAAUAAAAUUCACACACUUGUUUGAAAUGAAAUAGCACAAUUUAUGACUUUGACGUCACUUGAUUUCUUCUCACGAAAUGUCUUCAGAUUUAUCGUAUUGUGUGUGACGUGAUUGAAAAGAUUCACUAACAAAAUGACUUCCAAACAAAAGUCAAUUCAGAUAAAAAACACAGUUUGCCCUUAAAGAUGACCAAAUAUCUGACUGUACUGCACUGUACAUCUUUAAUUAAGGAAUAGUAGUCUUUAGUAGUUGUCCUGACGCGGAACGUUUGUUCGUGUGCGUUUCCAGAGUCCGGACUGCAACCACUGUGACACUUUUUAUCCUCCAUGCGCAUUUUGGUCUCCUAAAAUUAUUUUGUUGGGUUUUUGCCCUACUUACACUUGUUUACUGUUCACAUUUUUCAUCUUUAUUCGUCUUCAUGCGAGUAUAAAAGUUCAGAAAGACAUCGCGGUUCUCGGACGUGAGGAUGGAAGUCUUGGAGGACAAGUUUGUCAGCUUGUCGCUGGCUGGCCGCUGUGUUCCCGACGACGCCACCUACCUCCUGGAUGUGGCGCUGCACCCCGUCGGCGCCGUGCUGGCGGUGUCGUGUUCCAACUCGGCGCUGCGUCUGCACGACGAGGCCACGCUGCGUCUCCUGGGCGAGUAUCGCGGGCACGGCGGUCGCGUGUGCGGCCUGACCUUCGCUCACGCGCGCCCCGACCUCCUCUACUCCGCGUCGGCGGACGGGACUGUCCGGGCCUGGGAUGUCCGCCGCCCGGGGACGGACGCUGCCCAAGUGUUCCGCGGCGACCCGUCGCACAGCUUCUGUAGCUUCGACCUGAGCUGCGGCGACGCGCUGCUCUGCGCCGGCACUUCGCUGGACGACGAAGACAGCCUGUUGGUGUUCUGGGACAGCAGGAAGCCCGGCGUUGCCCCGCUGGGCAUCUACUCCGAGUCGCACAGCGACGAUAUCACUCAGGUGCGCUUCCACCCGCGCGACAAGGACCGGCUGGCGUCCGGCUCCACCGACGGCCUGGUGAACGUCUUCGACGUGCGGCGCGGGUCCGAGGAGGAGGCGCUGCUGUGCACGUGCAACAGCGAGUCGUCGGCGGCGUCGGUGCGCUGGGCGGCGGCUGACGGGAGCCGCUUGCUGUGCCUCAGCCAUGACGAGGGGCUGCACCUGUGGGACCUGCGGCAGCUGGACACCGAGCGACCGCUCGCCGUCUUCAGCUGCCCGGACGUCCGGCGCGCGGAAGUGAAGCCGGACGGUCGGGGCCCGGAAUACCUGGUGGGCGGGGCCUGGCUGGAGGGGGCGGGCCUGCUGCUGGUGGUGGGCGGGGACAGGGGCGGCGACGUUCAGCUGAUGGAGUGCGACGACGAGGGGCUGCGUCUCCUCGGGACCCUCCGCGGGGGACACGCCUCCACCGUCAGGUGCUUUGUGUGGGACGAGGCCCGGGGGGCGCUGGUCACCGGGGGGGAGGACGCGCAGCUGUUGCUAUGGAAACCGGGAGGGGAAGAGCAAGACGCGGGGAAGAAGGAGGACAGGAAAAGUUCUUCUGUUUUCAAACUAAAAUCGAGACCUCACAAAAAACACCGCUACACGAAGAAGCCACCGUACUAACAAAAUGGAGGACAGAAAAUAGUGUCCGCUUGGAACUCAAAGGCCUCCUUUGUACAGUAGUUGACAGCCUGCUCCGCGAUUGGCGCUGUGGCGCAAUCAACGGGCAGAGACUGGUACAUGUAUUUCUGGGUUGUGCCGCUGUUUGUCAAAGAUAAACGACUACUAGAUCUGGCAAACAGUUGUGCCUAUGUAGCGGCCAUGUUGGCAGGGGGGCGAUGUUCCCAUCAAAGGCAAUGCACGGACAAUAGCUCAGCGUCGCCGUAAUUACGCAAUUGAAAAGGGGCAUGUCAUAGCCACCGAUUCAAAUCGAUGGCUGGUGUUUCCACGGGCGCUCAUCGUGUCGUCUCGCAAACAUUCUAUCCUGAUUUUGGUGCAGUAUACAGUUGUUUUCUGUCAGGCCCUUCGCUAUGGCAUCCAGUUGUAACGGAGGUGAAAGGUGAAAAAAGCAAGCGCAUAAACUCGUGAAACUCAUGCGACUCAUGAAAGCGACCCCCGACUUGCCACCACCACAACUUUCUACCAGCAUGCCAUUAUCACCCCUCCUAAGCACAGCGAGAUACAUUUUCAAGCUUUUAAAAAACAUUUUCAAGCUUUUUUAUAUUUAUUUACAAUAUAUAUAUAUAUAUAUUUUUAAAAAGUACAAAACAAUAAUUUAGUUAUUUUUAGGCCAUGAAAGAAAGUGCUACAAUUUAACAGAAAAUCAGCUUUAAAGGACGACCCUUCCCCCCUAUUAGUCCGUUAAAUUGAGGUUCCACUGUACUUAUAUUUCUGUCAGACUACUACUCGCAUGUUUAAAUUAUGUUUGGAUUUGAAAUACUUAAUCAUAUGUUUUAAAAUACAUUUUAACUGUGACAAAAUAUUCAUAUUCACAAGGCGACACAUGCCAUACAGAUAUCAUUCACAUACAAGGUGAAUAAUAUUGGACUGAGGACUGAUCCCUGUGGAACUCCGCUUGUUACUUUGAUUAGGUGUGAUUUGACUUCAAGCUAUAUAGUAUGUAACUUUUGGUGCCCCACAAGCUUGAAUUUUGCACUACAACAAAAGAACAGAGCCGUUGCUUCAAUAUGAUGUAGGCAAUGCAUGUUAUGGCCCUUGUAUGUGAUUCUACAACAUUUUUACUCUGUUUUGAAGGACAUGCAGCCUUUUAAAAAAAAAAAAAAAAAUAUAUAUAUAUAUAUAUAUAUAUAUAUUUUUUUUUAUUUCUGUGGCGUCAUUUGCAGUGCACCACCAACCGGGCCAGCGCGGGAAAUGAAUAGGGCAUUCACAAAAUAAAAAAAAUAUAAAUACAGCAAGAUGUUAGAGGGGGUGAAUGGCUUACUCAGCAAUAUCUCCUGUAGUAGUGGCUUGGGAGAAAAUUACUUUUUUAAACCACAAAGUUGUGGAUUGUAUCUUUAAUAUAACAGCCCAAAUUGUUUUUUUGAUUCACAAGAUAGUCAGUAAGCCAUAUUUGUGCUUUUCUUUUGACUCUAUCGCUUUCUAAUUUUCUCAUCAGUAUAGUGUGGUUUUCAGUGAAGACUCUUAAUUGUCCAUACUUGUGGAUGUUUUUUUUGUUUUUUUGGGGUCUGAAUAUGCCCUGUGAUUGGCUGGCAACCUGUUCAAGGUCGACCUUGCCUAUUUGUCAAAGUCAGCUGGGAUGGACUUCAGCUCUCCUGCAAUCUGAAUGACAAUAGCGCGAAAGAAAAUGGCUGGAUUGGUGGAUGGCAUAUCAAGUUUCAAUAAUUUUCAAAGACUGUAAAGAAUUUAAAAUUCAUUUGUACUUUGAAGACUGAUCUCGUGGACAGAGUUGACAAAAUGAAGCAAUACAUGUCGACAAAAUAAAAUAUUUGAACUUGAAGGGGCAUUUUAAAAUGCAUGCAGCUCAUCAGUAUGGCACUAAUAUUAGUCAGCAGAGGAUAAAGAAUAUAUGACUGAGGACUGUACUGUCAUCUGUCUACGUGUAGCUCCACUGUUUGUGUUCAAUCCGUUGCUUGAACGGUUAUAGCACUGCAUCAUAGAUUCUAAUUAGCGUUAGCAUUAAGAUAGGAGAUUGAAACGCUAAACCAAGGUUGAAUAGACUACCAGAUGAAGCACAAUGUUCAUUCUGUCUGUUGUCGUACUGGAGCGGCUCCAACUACCGGAGACAAAUUCCUUGUGUGUCUUUUUGGACAUACUUGGCAAAUAAAGAUGAUUCUGAUUCUGAUUCGAUGCAGCGUUACGAAAAUGGUUUAAUUCUACUUAAUUAUGCCAUUAGUGUAUGUUUUUACUAAGUACAAUAUUAUGGCGUGCUAUUUCUCCUCAUACACUACAAUUUUUGUUUUUUUGGGGAAGGCUGGAACGCUUUAAUAGCAUUUCCAUCAUUGAGUGAAUUAAACUCAUCUCAAGGCACCGCUGUACAUUUAAAAAAAAAAUUUACUUAUGCAUCGCUUUUACUGCGUUGUAAAGCAUGCGCUUGGCUUCUGGCAUCACAUGACCUGAGUGUCGUUCUAACCUCACGUGACUCCCUUGAAAAUUUACCUUAAAAGAACUUGUCAUUAAAACGAAUAAUGUAAAGUUAAUUUUA